AUAUGGAUACCUCGCAUAUUAAAUUAUCUGAUAUUCAGCCCCUUAGCAUUGGUGAUGAUGGCUUCCGCUUUGAACAAGUUGGUGGCUUGGAUUCUCAUGUGCGUUGCUUACGAGAGAUGGUCAUUUUGCCAAUGUUGUAUCCAGAAGUAUUUGCGCAAUUUGGCACAAAGCCGCCUAAAGGCGUUCUAUUUCACGGUCCACCGGGAACUGGUAAAACUUUACUAGCUAGAGCGCUAGCAGGUGAAUGUUCCGCUAACACAGGCCAAAAAGUGUCCUUCUUUUUACGCAAAGGCGGUGAUUUAUUAAAUAAAUGGUUUGGAGAGAGCGAAAAACAUCUGAGAUUGUUAUUCGAACAAGCGCAGCUCAUGAGACCAUCUAUUAUAUUUUUCGACGAAAUUGACGGAUUUUGUCCCGCGCGUACAUCGAAACAAGAUCAAGUAUAUUCAAGUAUUGUUUCGACAUUACUAACCCUGAUGGAUGGUUUAGAAGCAAGAGGCGAUGUCAUAAUUAUCGGAGCUACAAAUCGUAUAGAAUCAUUAGAUCCAGCGCUAAGAAGACCCGGCAGAUUUGAUAGAGAGCUAUUCUUUCCCCUACCUGCAAGAUCGCAGCGUGAGGCUAUUUUGAAGAUUCAUGUAUCUAAAUGGAAAAAUGGGGCACCUGGUGAUGAUAUGAUAUCUCAGCUCUCAGACCUAACAGAUGGAUACUGCGGCGCUGAUCUUGAAGCGCUGUGUUCCGAAGCUAUGCUUCAAAGCCUGCGAAGAACUUAUCCGCAAAUUUACGAGUCAAAAUUCAAAUUAGCCAUUGACACCGAGAAAGUUAAAGUCGAACAUGUCGAUUUCCUCAGAGCUCAAGCUCAAAUAAUACCAGCCGGGUCUCGAAAGGGAAAUAAAUAUGGACGACGUUUACCGCGAUUUUUAUUACCUCUCCUGGAUGCAGCUUUGAAAGACGCCGUAGAGAGGUUGGGAAAAGUCUUUCCGUAUAUGGAUCCUGAUACUUCAAAACAAGUUCAGGUUCUGAGGCAGGAUCAUGCUUUAUUCCAUUCGCGUUUGCUGAUUCUUGGACAAUCGGAAGGUUGCGGCCAAUCUUAUUUGGCUCCUGCGUUAUUGCAUCACAUGGAACAUUUGAGCGUUUACAAUUUAGAUGUCAGCUCAAUACAUGGUACUGAUGAUUUGUCAUUAUCUCAAGAGCAAACUGUGUCGCACAUGCUAGAUGAAUGCAUGCGUAGAGCGCCUAGUAUUCUUUACUUGCCUUCUUUAGACUUACUGUGGGAACAUGCUUCCGAUGCCACCAAGGCCAUACUUGCAGAAAAAAUUCAGAUAAUAACUAAAUGUUCACCCGUUCUUGUAUUAGCAACUGCUAAUAUGAUGCUUGAGGAAUUAGAUGAUCGCAUACAAACAUUAUUCCCUGCUCAUUUACGAUGUGUUCUACCAAUGACUAAUCAUCCAAUGAGACAGUCUCGAGAAGAAUUCUUCAAACCUUUGUUUGUUAAUUUGGCACUGAAACCUCCUCAAGUGAAGCCAAAAACAAGAAAAGUAGAGGUUUUACCCAGAGCACCCACACCUCCUGCUAGAAUUUAUACACCAGAAGAAUUAGCAAAAUUUGAAUCUCAAGAAGAAGAGAAAUUAGUUGAGUUACGUGUAUUUUUGAGAGAGAUUGCCCAUCAUUUAAGUAAACAGCGCACUUUUCGGAUGUUUGCAAAACCAGUAGACUUAGAUGAGGUUAAAGAUUACUUAGAUGUUAUUAAGCAACCUAUGGAUUUAGAAACAAUGAUAGCAAAAAUAGAUUUAAAUCGAUAUACAACUGCCAAAGAAUUUCUCCAAGACAUCGAUCUAAUCUGUGCAAAUGCUUUAGAAUAUAACCCCAAUAAGACCAGUGCUGAUAAAAAGAUAAGACAUUGUGCUGUUGCUUUAAAAGACUAUGCAUAUGCUAAAAUAAAAGGAGAAAUGGAUACAGACUUUGAAGAUGAAUGUCAAGAAAUUGCUAAGCGCAGAAUGAUCCGAAAUCAAAUUCAAGAAGCAGGAGCAAGAGAGGCUGAAGCCAAAGUGGUAGUAACAGAUCCUAACAACAAAACCAAUGCUUCAAAUGCAAAUACUAGUAAACAAUCAAAUAAUAGCAAUAUAUCUAUGGAAAUUGUUGAUGACUUUUUAGAUGUAUCUGAUCUUUUGGCGGAGGUUAAACCAACGGACUCUCAGAAAGUAAUAAUUGAUCGAGGACAUUUAGACAAACUUUACACUAAGUGUUUGAAUAUAACAAAACAUUCGGAUGUUCAAGCCUUAGCAGAAGUUUACACUCAAUUGCUGAAGACUAUAUUAGGUUACUUGAAGCAAGCCGACAGGCAAAAUCUUCUCAAAGAUUUAAGUACUGAACUAGAAUUUUUUGAAAAACAUUUGGACAAACAUCAGAAUGCGUGAUGGUAGAUUUAUAAAAUUGUGAUUGUGUGUUUAUUUAUAUUUGAGAUACAAAUGUUUAAUGUCCA